UGAUCGGAUACAGAUACAUGCCGAAACCAUUAUUAAAGCAAUUAAUUUAAACUAUCAAUAAGCUAUCAAUUUAAUUUAAGAAAAUCGCGUUAUUCUGAAAUGGAAUGCUCUAUAUGACUGGUGUCUUAGAAAUUAUAACGUGUUAAUUGUUUGCUAUCCCCGGUAAUCAUGUCUGUAAAACGGCAAGCCACGACGGAUUUGAACCAUGAAAAUUGGGAUCAAGAAGAUCCUGAAGAAAAUAAGGAGAUGGGAACUUUUAAAGCUGCACCCAAGGAUAUACUGGAAAAGCGUGUUAUUAAAACAGCAAAAAGACGAACGACGGCCCCUACUGAUGAGAAUAAAAAGACUCAAGGGCUAUUCAGUGGUUUUGGUGCAUUUAAUAAGGCUCCAUCUUCAUUUGAUUUUCUGGCAAAUUUGACUAAAGAUAGUAAAAGUAAUGCUACUACAACAAGCGCUGAAUCCGGAUCUGCAGGAUUGUUUUCAAACAAAUUGUCGAAUGACUCUGGUAGCCUAUUGAGUCCCUCUUCUGCACCAAUUAACACACCCUUAGGAACAUCAACAUCUCAAACACCUACUCUAUUCAGUAGUGCUACAAGCACAGUUACAUUUUCUUCUGUGUUUACAACUACCAAAGCAGGUCCUUCUGCUACUGAUUCUCUUUUCAAAGUACAACCUACUUUGAGUACAGCCACUACUGCAGUUCUAAAUGCCACAAAAACUACAACGACACCAGUUCCAAAUAUACAGGCUACAUCUAGUAUUUUUGGUGUAUCACAAAACAAUACAGUCAGCAAAUCCUUGUUUUCAACGACAAAUAACAGUUCCUCAAUUUUCCAAACACAAUCUACACAAAGUCCCUUAAAUGAUGCUACCUUUGGAACAAAUAAACAAUCGAAUACAAACAUCACUCAAGGAACUGAAAAAAAAGAGGAACAAGGUGACAAAAAAUUAAAAUAUUAUGCUAAAUUGAAAGGCUUGAAUGAAUCUGUAUCAGAUUGGAUUAAAAAACAUGUGGAUGAAACACCUUUAUGCAUCUUAACACCUAUAUUUAGAGACUAUGAAGCAUAUUUAAAAGAAAUACAGGAAGAGUAUCAUGGACCAGAUGGUGAUUGCUCUGAAAUUGAGACAAAAAAGAAUGUUAAUUCAGAAACAAAAAAUCCUGUUGAAAAAUCAAAAAAUGGCAUUUUUUCUGAAUCGAGCAGAGAUCUAACAGUGUCAGGAUCAUCAAUAUUUAAAUUAGAUCCAUCUAAACCAUUUUCAACCACACCAUUAAGCAGUUCUUGCAAUAUGCUUGGAGACAAACCAAAAGGAUUUUCUUUUGGUAUAAAUACAGCUACAAGCACUAUAAAUAGCAUUCCAGCAAUAAGCACAGGGUUCUCUUUUGGGACUUCGUCCACAAAUUCCAAUAAUAUACAAACAUCAAAUACCUUUUCUUUUGGAUUAAAGUCUAGUCCGUCUUCUGAUGGUUCUCCUCUCAAAUUUGGAGCCCCAUCAUUAACUUCUACCAAUACAAAUAACACAGAGCCCGCAAAUCAGGAAGAUGAAGAUGUACCUCCAAAAGUAGAAUUUACACCAAUUGCUGAAGAAAACAGUGUUUUUGACAAGCGCUGUAAAGUAUUUGUGAAGAAAGAUGGUAAUUUUGUGGAUAAAGGUGUUGGAACACUUUACAUAAAAAAAAUCGAAAAUAGUGACAAACAUCAACUACUAGUCAGAGCAAAUACUGCUUUAGGUAAUAUACUACUUAAUUUGAGAUUGUCUGCUGGUAUACCUACACAAAGAAUGGGUAAAAAUAAUGUUAUGAUAAUAUGCAUUCCUACACCUGACUCUAAGCCUCCUCCCACCUCUGUAUUAAUAAGAGUCAAGACUCCAGAAGAAGCAGAUGAAGUCCUUGAAACUUUAAACAAGUAUAAAGCAUAAAAUUGUUCUAACGCUAAAUAAUCCAUAUUGAUGUCAUGUAAAGUUAUUUAUUUUUAAAUUUCUGGUUAAGUAUUAUAAUUAAAUCAAAAGAAGCAAUCUACUUUGUAAUUGCCAUAUAAAAUUUCUACAUAAAGAUUACAUGGCCUAUAAUUUAAAUUAGUAUAUUUAGUACACAGAAAGUAUGGUUAACAUACAAAACAUCAUUAACAGUAUCUAGGAUGUUCAUUGGUAGAUAAUGUAUUGGACUGUAAAAAUAAAUAUAAUCAUGAAUAGUG